UGUCAUUUUCACUAUGGCGAGGAGAUAAACAAAUGGAAAGCAACGGGUUCCAGAGGGGAACACUUUCUUCCCUGUUGUGACGAACAACGCAAAUAGGAGCAAAAGCAAUUUUUUUGAUGAUGGGCGUCCUAUUAAAUAGUGAAAGCAUGGAUAGACGAAUCCAGUGCUGUAUGCUUUAAAUUUCCCAAAAAUUAUUUACCAGUAACAUUAUAAGUAGCCUACCUCUCUUCUCGAAACCGGGUGAUGCCAAGCAAGCUACCGACACCGCUGAACAAAGUAGACUAACCUCGGUUAGUCGAGCAGCCUAUGGAGCGUAUACUAAAUCUUUCGCGUUCGUCAUUAUAGCCUUGUUUUCAUCGUAAACUUAUAAUUUUGACUUUUCAUUGGAGUGCUUUGAGUUCUGUUGGGCGUCAAACAUGUUAACGGGAUCUAAAACCACGUUCAAAGUAAGGCAAAUGGUUCCAGAUAUGAAGGAGAGGAUGCUGAGUCAGAGUGGUGUUAGUACUCGGGGUCGAGAUAUGUUUGGUCUACGCUGCCUACCAGGAGAAUGUGUCCUCCAGCGGGCAGUGCUGGUGAGGAAGAAGCUGACGCCCAGGGAAGGGGGGGGCUGGUUGGCAGGCACGCUCUUUUGUACCCACUUUAGGGUGGCGUUUGUACCCCAGGAUGGUCCCAAACCUGACGACAACGCAGACCCAGUGCUCCUGGGAGAUCACGACGUGGCUUUGGCCUCCAUAGAUAAAGUUGUUGCUGUGGGUCCGUCCAGAACCAAACUUGUGACUCCAAACUCCUCACUAAAGUUCACACCUGAGGAGCUGGUGUUGUAUUGUAGGGACCUGCGAGUCCUCUGCUUCCUGUUCGACCGCCUAACCCCCGACACUCAGGCGAUAGAGAUAACCUACACCAUUGCCAAGACCUACCAGCCUACAAAGCCAGGGACAGUCCUCUCCUUCCAGAAUGCUGCCCUGGGGAGUGUUGAGAUGAAGCAGUUUCUAAGCAACCGCAGGCGUGACGCCUCCAUGAACUGGUUUGAGUGUUCGUCUGAUUGGGAGCAGGAGCUGGAGAGAACUGGGGCCUGUGGCUGGAGGGUCAGCUCCGUCAACGACCGCUUUGAGAUGUCCACCAGUCUGCCAAGGUUUAACAUAGUGCCUCAGAAGGUUCUAGAUACUGAGCUAAAGAAGACCUUCGCACACUUCAACGAGGGACGCAUACCUCGCUGGUGUUGGCGCCACCCUCGGGGAAGCGACCUGCUACGGAUGGCUAGCUUCCAGAACAACAUCUAUCACGAGAAGGAUGAUAUCAGGAACCUGGAGUUGAUCCUGUUGGGUGGCCAGUCUCUGUGUGUGGUGGUGGAGCUGGGUGAAGAGAUGCCUUCACCUGCAGACAUCCAGCUGUCUCACACGCGCUUGCGUGCCCUCUGUCUGGGAGACAUCUCCACAUCUGUGUCUGUGCCUGAUGACAAAUGGCUGUCUACCCUGGAGAGCACUCAUUGGCUAGACUACACUAGGUGCUGUCUGAGGAAAGCAGCUGAGGUGGCCUGCCUGCUCCGAGGCGGUCACCUGACCGUGGUGCUGCAAGAGGCGGAGGACCGGGACAUGAACUGUGUGGUGUCCAGCCUGGUGCAGGUGAUGUGCGACCCCCACAGCAGGACCAGGGCAGGCUUCCAGGGCCUGGUCCAGAAAGAGUGGGUCAUGGCCGGACAUCGUUUUUACAGCCGCAUCAACUACAACCGGGACAGCGACAAGGAAGAGGCUCCAGUUUUCCUGCUCUUCUUGGACUGUGUGUGGCAGCUGUGGUCUCAGUACCCCUCCCGCUUCCAGCUGACCAGUGACUUCUUGCUGGCCCUCCACGACAGCGUCCACCUGCCCCUCUUCAGCAGCUUCCUGGCCAACUGCCAGAGGGAGAGGUGCAAACGCACCCAGAACCUGUCCCAGAGUUACACCCUCGUCAAUGGCUGGAGAGACGUGCUUCCCCGAGGCUCUUCCCAGGACACCUCAGACCCCCCUCUGCCCCCCGUGUGGGACUGGGGCCUUCAGUACAGCAGCCAAAGGCGGGCACGCUUCACCCAGCCUGUGCCCCCACCCACACCGCCCCCACCCAUACUGAAUGGCAACCUUAACACCAACCCAGAUGCACACAGGCUCGGUGACACCAUCCCAGGCUCCGUGUUCCAGCUCUCCAAAGGCUCCUUCUCCUGUCCUGCCAACCUGCUUCCCUGGCGUAGUGGAGGCAGCUCAGGUGUUUACCGGAAGAGCCACCGAAGGGCACCCUCCUCUGAGAACCUGCCUGGCCUGGAGAGGCUGCUGAAGGCUUGGGCCCUCACAGAGCUCCCCCACAGUCUCCCCAGCACCAUCACCACCGGGCCCCUGGACCCAUUUGAGCCCCUGCUGCCCCUGCUCCUCGGACCCUGUGUUGGGGUGUGGAGAGACUGCUACCUCCGAGGGGCACUUCAUGCACAGGCAUUCUCCCACCCUAUCUCCUCCAACACACAUCACCCUGUAGAGCAGCUGGCCUGGGAGGUACAACAACUCCAAGACAAGCUAACAUCAGCCUCCACUGCCGGGGAGAACCAACCUCUUAAGAGACCAGAGCCCCGAAGGAAAGAUACCAACCUCAACCAGAACACCAACAACGGCACAUUCCUUUUCCCCGCUUCAAAACCGCCGGGCCCAGCCACGGCCAGACCAGCGCCCCCAAGUUCCAACCACCAGACCAGGGGGCCUCCUCCCUCCACGGCCCCACAGUCGAGGCCUGGUCACAGGGAGAGCAGCAACAAGCACACCUUCCUCUUUGGUCAACCCUCAGACGCUCGUCCAGAUCAACGCUACUUUCCUGCACCUAAUAAUGCCAAGUUUCCCAAGAGCAAUGGAUCUUCACUUGGUUCUUGAGCUCCCCUCAUCGGUUAGCACCUAUGGUCCUAUCCCAGUCUCAUGCAUUUCUAUUGGCUGUGAACUGUGAUGAGCUCGUUCACAGGAACACCCUGAAACUCAUGACCCCCUUCCCUCGACACUGAAGAUGUGAUUUCUCUGCCUGUCACAGCAUAGUGAAGUGACUGUUAGGUGAAGAAGAACAGGGUGUCUGUUUAAGGCAGGGAGGAUGACAGCAGUUGUAAGACAGUGUUUAGCUCAAAGCUAAAGACAAGAUUUUCCAGUUUUUGUUCCUGUUGGCCACUGAAUAAUGUAGUUACUGUUUUCAUGAGAAAUAUUUGGAAAUGCAAGCUACAACCCCAAAUAAGGCCACAUAAAGUACAAACAGAAACCAUAAAAAUGUGUUCAAAAGCCAUGUGAGUUAGCUUUUGAUAAAAAAUCCAGAUUUUUGACCAGAUGGCCUAAUAAUGUCGCUUUGGAAGUCGCUUUGGAUAAAAGCGAUGUAAAUGUAAAUAAUGAUCUGUUUUAGCAUCAAAGGAUACUUUGACACAUAUGUCAAAUACCAGUUCAACCCAUAACAGUGUUACAAAAAAGCUGAUGGCCAAAUGCUAAGAAGAGACAUUGGUGUCACCCACAAACAUUUUUAACUUGGCAUUGUGUCCAGCAAAUCUGAUCUAGAAUUUGGGGCAUGAAAGCUAUUUUGGUACUGCUCUCAUAUCCUUCUACUUUGGUCUGCUAGAGGCCUAAAUUCAGUUCUAACUGUUACAAUGUAUUAGCCGGUGUGUGUGUGUGUGUGUGUGGCACAAUGUACACAAUGACUGAGUAGGUAUCCAUGACUGAUGAGGUGUGAUCAUGACUUACAUUUCUAGAUGUUCUAUGUGGCAUCUUUAUUGAGUAUUAUGCAGAAAGUAUUAUCGACCUGUUUUGUUUAUAUGACUGUUGAUAGUGUAAUAAUAAGAAAAAAGAUUUAGAAAUGGACCAGGAUAUCUUUUUGUUAAUCAUGCUUGUAUGAUGGUUGAUACUUAUAAUUACAGUAUUUGUCAUUUGGUACUGUUAGGAAUUAUCAGUAAGGGAAUAAUUGUUGUCUUGGAACUGUAAAAAAAUUACAUGUAAUAUACUUUCAUCUUUUGUUCUGACCGCUAGUUUUAUAAUGCAAAUACCAUUUCGGUGUGUAAUAUUACAAACAGGAAUCGGUACGAAGUGUCGGGGAAUUUUGUAUUUUGCAUUAUAUCAUUACUAUGCAGCAAAUACAUUGGCAUCCCAUAAGGUUGUGAAAAUGCAUCUUCAUUUUAACACAGCUCAUUAAUUUUUCUUAUGCAUGCACUUAAUGUAUAUCAACUGAAAACAGACUUUUUUGUAAAUGAUAGCAGUGCUUUUGCCUUGUUCUUCCAUGGAAAAAACACAAGCUUAAAAAACACUUUUACAUGAAGUGAGCUACAAGAAUACUUAGUUUAUGAUUCCAAAACUUUAGGUAAAACCUUCCUAGUUCAAGCAUCCGAUUACCACUUGUAGCCCAACGGCCUACAUUAUAACAUUAUUGCAAUACUUUAGUAUGUAUUAAAUGUUCAUUUGCCAGUUGUACAUAUUUUUUGUAUCUGCAUGCUUUUGUCUAAAAUAUCUUUAUUAAAAAUUGUAU